GUUUCUCUACCUGGUGUGAUAGUGUGCCAGAAGGAUGAACGUGUUUGAUUCCGAUUCGGGGGUCAUGAUGAAAUUUGACAACAGCCUGGACUUGGUUUCCGAACUCCAGGAACACAUUGAGCAGGUGCUGAAGAUUCCUGUUGCGAGUCAAGUUUUGCUCGUUGGUGGGGGGACAGCACUGUCUCCGAGCCAACGAGUGAGUGCUUACUCUGCUGGCAGUGAUACCAACCCAAUAUUUCUGUACAAUAAACAGUACUAUGUCUAUCCCAGCAAUACAGCUCCAUUUAAACUGACUGUCGUUGACUCUGGCCCAGAAUUGAUGGACUUGCAUGCGGAAAUGGAUGAAAGCCUGGUCCUGGAGGACACGACAGACAGUAUUUUCUUCCGUUCUUAUUUGGCCUCCAGCUUCUAUGAAAUGGCAGAAAAAUCUAUGCAAGCCUGCAAGCGUCUGAUUGAUGAGCAACAUCUUCAGCACCAGGGCUUUAAGGCUAUGAUCGACAACAUUCAAAAUAAAGUAUCAACUGCUAACUCCUCUGCCGUGACGUUUCUGAGCAUGCUCCAGGAGUUCUUGGAAAACAAGUCACACUAUUUACAACUGACAGACAGUUUACAAGACGUGGCAGCUACGUUGGCCACCAUCCCUCUGCUGCCGAGCUUAGUGGAGCAAGUACCUCAGGACCCUAUGACCUCCAUCGCCAGCUGCAAGGACAUUGAGGGGCAGCGGGACAACAUGUCACUACUUGACUGGCUGCAGCCGUAUAUUUCCAGUGACAGCGUCCACCAACUCUCGCAGACCUGCACCAAGGGGUUGCAACAGUACAAUGAAGAGAUGGUGUCCAACAUACAAACCCUGCUCACAAAUUUGGAGACCAACUUUGGAAACAAAGCUAUGAGAUCAAUCGGAGGUAUUUCAGCGAGAUUCUCUGGCCUAGAGAAACUGUUAAAUGACGUCGAUCAGAUUGUGCAAGAACAGGAGGACUUGACAGAUGUGAGUUCGUGUCGAAGUAAUGUAGACUGGAAAUUUGAAAAUAAACAAAGUAGCAAAUAAAAAUAAAUAUUGUGAAAUUAUGAGAAUCUACUUUUAUUAGAAUAAGCAGUACCAUAUUUGUACAUGAAUAUUAACAUAGAGGAGUUAAAAAAGGGUAAGGAUAUGAUUAAAUGGAUGGCAAUUAAAAGUUUCUACGACAAUAAUAUCAAUGCUACUUCAUAUAGCUUUUCUCUAGCCGUAUUUUUAAUGUUUUUAACCAUAACUCUGAGAUGAUUUAUGUUACGUCAGUUUAAGUUUGCAUGCUUAUAUGUUGUAUUAGGAUGUAGGCAUUUUACAAUGUUUACAGCACAAUUUUAAAUUAUUAAGACACAUAACAGAUAGCUUGUAAAAAGACUAUAAGUUUAUAAAGGUGUUAUAAACAGACGUUUUUGAAAAAAAAGCAAUACAAUUUGAAUGUGCCGCUGUGUUUACAGGCUGUCUAUCACUACUCACCAUCGCCCAUCACUGAUGAUGAUAGUUCUACACAGGUGAACCUCUGGGACAGCCAUCACUUGAUUAUGAUGCAGACAAAUAACAAGAAAAUCAGGGACAUCAAGCGGAACAUAGGACGUGCAAAGGAGGAGCUUAUCCAGUGUAUAUAUGGUCGCUGGAAGUGAGUAUUGCUAACUUUGAAUAGUGUGAAGCAAGCGUUUAACACGCAAAAGCCUGCUGUGGGUAGUCUGUAUUGUUCAGGAUUUCAAUAUUUUUACCCAUGAAUGAUAACAAAAUGGUAUCUUCAGUGACUUUGACAUCUGUUGAUCCCCUGCUUGCUUUGUUUAACAGUGUUUUUGUUUGUUGCUCAUGAUAAUACUCGCACAGUUGUCUGGCUUAGUUUCAUCUAAACUGUUCUGUUGGUAGUUAUACUUUACAUUUUCGU